UCUGAUGUCACCUCACCUGCUUCAUGAGGAUAUAAAAGCAGCUGUGUGUUUAUCAGAGAUCAUCAAGCAGCAGACAGCAGAGGAUAGAGAACAGCUGAUCAAAGCACCUUCAUCACUACAGAGAAGACACCGAACGCCUCAGAAUAACCUAAUAACACUUUGCCAUAAUGAUGAUGAUGAAGAUCUGUGUCGUCCUUCUUCUGUGUGUCGCCUCAGGCAUCGCACAGACAACUACACCGGCCCCUGCAGCAGUAACCACAGCGGCCCCAGCAGCCAAAACUACAGCUGCCCCUGCAGCAGUAACCACAGCGGCCCCAGCAGCCAAAACUACAGCGGCCCCUGCAGCAGUAACCACAGCGGCCCCAGCAGCCAAAACUACAGCGGCCCCUGCUGCAGUAACCACAGCAGCCCCAACAGCCAAAACUACAGCGGCCCCUGCAGCAGUAACCACAGCGGCCCCAGCAGCCAAAACCACAGCGGCCCCUGCAGCAGUAACCACAGCGGCCCCAGCAGCCAAAACUACAGCGGCCCCUGCAGCAGUAACCACAGCGGCCCCAGCAGCCAAAACUACAGCGGCCCCAGCAGCCAAAACUACAGCGGCCCCAGCAGCCAAAACUACAGCUGCCCCUGCAGCAGUAACCACAGCGGCCCCAGCAGCCAAAACUACAGCUGCCCCUGCAGCAGUAACCACAGCGGCCCCAGCAGCCAAAACUACAUCGGCCCCAGCAGCCAAAACUACAGCGGCCCCUGCAGCAGUAACGACAGCGGCCCCAGCUGCCAAAACCACAGUUGCUCCAGGAGCAGCCACUGCAGCCCCAGGAGCCGCUACCACUGCUACCUCCUCUGCAGCGGUCCUCAGAACGUGCUUCCUGUCGGUGGUUGCAGCUCUCACUGCAGUCAUUCUGAGUUAAGAACUGGAACAAGGACUAAAAACACACACUGUGUAUUCGUGAAGGAUUUAACUUAACCUGUGAUGUAUUUAUUUAUCAUUCCUUAAUUUAUCAUGUAUAUGCUUAAGUUGGAUGUCUUGCAUGCGAGCACUCUUUAACCUACCUUGUCUCCAAACACAGAUGUAUUAUUAAUUAACAGAUCUUAUUAUGCACUGAUGAACUUUAUGUAUAUCUGUAUGAUAUAAGACACAACUUUUUCUGACUGUUGACGUUGACACAGAGCAAUCUGAGCCAUACAGUGAGUGGAUUGACAGCUGAUAUAAUCAAAGUGAUAUUCAUGAUAUGUUGUGUGGAAUGUUCUGGAUGGAAACACUUUGCUGCACAUGUGAUGAGUGUUCUGUGACCUCCUCUUCAUUUCGAUAUGCAUGUAACAAUCAAAGCAAAUGUAAAGUAUUCAAAGUAAUAAAGUGUUAAAUGCGAA